UUGUCACUGAGUGUACUAUCCACAUAGGGGAUGGCUUCAAGUAUUAUAACCCAAGUUAACAAGGAUGGGGAGUACGCAUCCUCCUAUCCGGUUGCACCGAAUCACACUUUGGAGAGAUCACCUGUUUCCAAAUUAUUAACAAGGUUAAAACGAUUAAAGAACUGCAUGUGUUGUUGUGUUUCAAAAUCACAACAGAAUCACACUCCGCCCGAAUCGCACACCAUCGAAAAUCAUGCGAUCAAAGGUCAGCCACCGCUUCUGGAUAAAGUGCGAGAAAUAGAUAAGAGCAAGAGGUGCGUUGUUAUUGACUUGGAUGAAACACUGGUGCACAGUUCGUUUAAACCGGUUCCUAACCCGGACUUCAUUAUUCCAGUUGACUUAGACGGCGCUAUACACCAGGUGUACGUUCUGAAGCGACCGUUUGUUGACGACUUCUUGGCGUUUCUAGCGAACAAGUUCGAAUGUGUGUUGUUCACAGCGAGUCUCGCAAAGUACGCGGACCCCGUGUCCGACCUGCUCGAUGUACACGGCUGUUUUAGCUCUCGGCUCUUCAGGGAGGCGUGUAUUUUCCACAAAGGAAACUACGUCAAGGACCUGAGUAAGCUGGGACGUAACGUGGAGGACUGUAUAAUAAUAGACAACUCUCCAACCUCCUACAUCUUCCACCCCGACUUCGCUAUACCUGUCAGUUCCUGGUUUGACGACGACACUGACACUGAACUGCUCGACCUCAUUCCUUUCUUUGAUGUGGUCCAGCACAUAAAGGGUCCAGUGAACGAGUUCUUGCAGUACCCACUGACCAGUGACACGGUGUAGCGAGGAUUAAAACUAGCGGACUCGUUUCUUUUAAAUGUGAGUUGACACGAGGGAGCGUCACCUUACCACUAAAACCUUUUUCUAUUCUAAGUUAUUACAGAGAGUCAACCAAACGGUGUUUCAAGUAUUGUGUUUUAAGAAGAAAUUUAAACAGUUCAGGCCUUCUCCAUUUUAUUGAAUCACAGCGUUUUGUGUUUUUAAGAUUAUAUACAUUGCUCGACAUAAAAUAUAUCGGUUAUAUAGUAAAGUUGAUAGAUAAGUUGAUGACAGUGGUUCUAAUGGGUGUACAGAGUAUAUUGUGAUAAAUUUGUUUUAAAAUGUGAUACGGACUGGGUUGAUUUGGUGCGUUUGCUUGUGGAGUAAGUGUAAAUUACGUUGUGCGUGUAAAUUACGGUGAAGACUGAAGAAGCUUCGCUCGCAAACGCUUCACACCGCGGCACACAGCACUACGGUCUAUUUCAAUAAAAAGAAGGAACACGGUUUACUAAUAGUAAUAGCAUACACGGCACGUGACACGUUCUAUUCAAUGUGUCAUCUCAACUUCAGAUUAUAUUCGUGUUUACAGAUAGCUCCAGAGUUUAUAUAUGAGAAAAUAUUUAUCAGAUUAAAGUUCCAGGUCUCCUGUUUAGUGUUUGAUUUCCUUAAUCUAGAGUUUAAUUAAGAUGUUUAAAAUUAAGAGUAUAAAAAAGCGUUUUUUGAUAUAUAAUCAACGUCUUUUAAAGAUGUUAAGUUAUUAAUUUAAAUCCUGUCAAUAAGUUUUGGCCCAUGUUCAUAAACUGCGUGAGCCUCUUGUAAUACUAAAGAUAUUUAUCCACUUUCAAGAUCAUAGAAGGGAACUUUAAGCGUUAAUUUGAAUAAUAAGAGAGGAAUGUAUUGAAUUUUGUGUAUUAUCGAGUCUGAUAUGAGUAGUGGUUACUGACCUUGUAGUUUGAUUCUAUCACUGAUCCUAUAUUAAUUUUUAUCUUGAACUAUUUCGAUCAUUCCCUUGGGAAUAUCGUCCACAGAUCAGCCUCCUAGCUGGGGGGUGGGGGGGGUUUAGUUGACCGAAAUGCUGAUGCUGAUAUUGUUCUUUAGCACAAUCGCUUUACGUAACCUUGCUUGGGACGGGUGUAUCUCCAACAUCUUGUUUUGAGGCGAUAUAAGAAGGAUAUAUUGUUGCACGUGGCAUGUAUCUCAAAUAGAUUUUCUAGAACCUGGAACUGAUUUGACAUAGUCUGAACGGAUGUAUUCAGACUCAUCUAACGAUAGUUGAUGAUAACAUUUUAUUUUAUUAACGUAAAGAAUAAAGAUGUGAUCAAGUAAAACCCUUUGAUAGAGGGAUUAUAAUGUUGUGCCAAGUUUUGUAAUGUGUACAAGUUCACGAUAUAUUCACGUGUUGUUGCUUUUCCAUGAUAUGUCGAGGGUUUAUCAAGUUUUACAGAGGAAAAGAGGGGGAGUUGUGCAACGAUAGCUUGUCAGUAAUAAUGAGAUCUUUCAACUCCUACGCAUUUGCGAAAAAUUGGGUAGAGGGCUUACUGUGGACACAGUGUACUGUUUUAGUUAUAAACCCUUGACAAAUGUAAAUAACACUCGGGAAAAAAGAAAGGCAUAUAUUUUUGUUACUUUAUUUUAGAGAAAAUUCAUUUUUUAAUCGUUUUGUUAGAGAUAAGGUUUCACGGGGUUGAAUAUUACGGAUAGAUGAUUUCAAGAAAAUAGCAGUUGAAGCUGUCAUGCGUAUUCAGGUAUAUGAAUAAUCAGAGAACAUUUCUUUCUACCUCUAAUUUGGACGAUGCUCUUUUAAUUUAGUGUAUAGAGUUUACAAUUUCAGAAAGUAUGUUGAAAUAACUUUAAUUAAAUGACAGUUUAUUAAACACUGUUUUAGUGCGGACGGCACUGGGUUUUGAUUGUGCCUAGAGCGGAUGACGCAGCCCCAUCAGUCCAUGUAAGGUACUGCUCAUUAUAUAAGGUACCACCCAUUUGUUUUUACAGUCAGUCCUCUGUCUUACGCGUAGUUAAAUAUUUGCUGGCCUUAUAUUGGUCUCCAGGAGGGUUCAAUUAAGCUGGUUUUGCAUGAAAUUGGAAUGAUUUUCAUACGGCAACGAUUAUUCGAUAGAUGACAGUAAAAUAUGUUAUAAGAGGUCGUUCAAACUUCAAAUAUUACGUAAUCAGUGAGGGGGAGGGAGGGGGUUUCUAAAUUAUUACGAUAGUUUAAUUUUAACACAAUAGCCAUGAGUAAAACUGAUUACGGAGGAGGUAGGUAGGGGGUUUAAGAUUGGCCCAAAAAGUGAUAACGUAAUAUGUGAACGACCCCUAAGGAGCUUUAUUUUGACUGAGUAAAAACUUCCAGAUCAGUACCAUUAGCCCUUAGUAUUGCACGGAUCUUUCCAACGAAAUUUGGUAUCAUGAAAUCUGUGUAUUUAUAAUUCUAGAGUUCUGACUGUAAAAUACCUAAGUUCUGGUGUCAAACUAGAUAUGUCUGAAUUCUUUAAGCUUGAAGAGUUGAAAUGUCUAUAAAAUCUGUUUUAAAAGACUGGUUUGGGGCUGGAUGUUACCUUGAAUUUUAUUUAUAGAGAAUGUAGAUAUUUUUAGUAGAUGAUUUGCUGUCAUAUGGGCGGCUUGUAGAGAUUUAAUUUUCUUGUAUGAAAGAUGACAGUUACAUCAUACAAUCAAGUUGUCUUCCAAAUUCAGCCGUAA